AUCCGUGUAACCUCUCGUUACAGUUGAAAUCAAGCUGACCGCAUCAGAUGACCACACAUGCGAUUGCGGGGUACGACCUCCCAUUGGACCUCUGGGAAAAGAAAUUCGUGGCACAUGACAAUGCUAAUUCAAAUACAAUAACAAAUUCAACACCACCCAUAGAUCUGCGCUCACUCACUUACGUCUCCCCGACAGAAACACUCGACCAUGUUUCAUGCCCAAUUUGCAAGUUGCCCUUUAUUGAGCCCUGGAGUACAAUCUGCGGCCACACGUUCUGCAAGGAAUGUAUCUUCGAAAGUUUCAAAAGCGUCCUUGGUGAGCGAUGUCCGUUGGAUCGUGUCCAUCUACGUGUCCCGAAGUCUAUAAGGCGUCAACUUCGCUUGAGGAAAAAUAGCCAUAACAGAACUAGCAGUGACUCUAUUGUCAACCUGGGCGAAGGAGGAGAGGAUAACGGUGAGGAUAAUGAUGAAGAAAGAGAUAGCAUUGAUGCAUUCGGCGAUGAAGAAAACGAUAUCGACAUCUACCCUGCCCCUAUUAUCGUUUCGAACAUGACAGACGACUUAGAAGUGUUUUGUCUGAACAAAUCUCGGGGAUGCACGUGGACAGGGGAGAGGUGGAGUAUCAAGAAACAUCUUGACGAUACUUGCGAAUUCACAAGGAUAUUGUGCAUCUGUGGAGAAUUCUGUGAACGAAAGACGCUAGUAGAAAAUAGAUUGCUAACACAAUCGCCAUCGGGCCUCUUUAUCUUGAGCUUGAAAGAUGUUCCUGUUGAUCGUAAGAACAAUAUAGCCACUAUUGAGGAAAGCGAUGCCUAUGGCGGGACAUUUAGUGAGGAUGACGCCGAAAGUAACCCUGACAUAGAUGCUGAUGGAAUACCUAUAUGUCCGCAUACUUGUAUACCAUGUGCCGAUUGUGCACAAAAGGUCAGGCUCAUGGACAUCACAUUUCAUUUGGAAAAUGAAUGUCUGAAACAUAUAACCACUUGUACAGGUUGCCAUCUCUCUUUCCCUCUCAUGCAUUUGAAGCUGCACCAGAAACAUUGCCAAAAAAUUUACGUUGAUUGUCCAGGUCUACAAUAUGGAUGUACAUGGAAGGGGCAGCGGGAACUAUUGACCGAAAUCCACGAAAAUGAUUGUGUUUUCAUAAAAAUGAGUGGAUACUUCAAAAAGUUGGAAGGCAACAUGCAGGAAUUGAAUAAAGAAAAUGAUAGCUUAAGGCUGCAGAUGAGUAGUAUCCUCAAUUCCAUUGUGAAUGGUAAAGUACAUAAUUUGGGUUAUCCCCUGGAACUUGAGGAAGUCGGAGUUAUGCAUGACUCAGGCAACUCCAAUCUACAACACGGGACUAACAUACACGGUGGUACCCUGCACGAUAUGGGAGAAAAUAUUGGCGCCAAUUUCAGCUUUCCUGCAGAAACCCAGAGAAUGAGCAUGUCGAAAGUGAAAACGUUGAUUAGAGAACUAGAAAUAAACAAGAAUGUUACCAAGGCUCUCGUUGACGAAAACGUGAACCUGCGAGAGCAGAUGAAUAGCCAGAGAGCAAUGCUUCUUAGUCUGCAACAGCAGAUGCAGUUCAUGAUGAUUGAAAGGCGGCGAAUGUUUAUCGGUAAAAAUAGUAGCUCCUCAACAAGCCUUGGGGUCGAGGCAAAACUGACCACCAAGUUGUAAAAUGUGUAUAAUAUAUGGUGAAUAAUACAAAUAAAUCCAAAAUCAAU